AAAACUUUAGUUGUCAGCCUGAGCUAGAGCACCAACAAUGGCGAAGCACACUACCCUCCUCCUCGUAGCAAUAGUAGCCAUCCUUCUCACUGCCACCGCCGCUACCCUGGCCAAGGCCCCCGCCCCCACAGCCAACAAGCCGACGGCGUACGAAAUGCUAGGGCGAUAUGGCUUCCCACCGGGCAUCCUCCCGGUGGGAGUGCAUGACUACGAGCUCCGACCGGACGGCUCCUUUGAGGUACACUUCUCCGAUGAAUGCAAAUUUCGUGUUGACGGCCAGUACGACGUCCACUACAGCACCCGGGUCACCGGGAACAUAGAAAAUGACACGAUCAGCGGCCUCGAAGGCAUUAAGGUGAAGGUCUUUAUUGCGUGGGCCAGUAUAAAGGAGGUUGGCCGCGAUGGGGAUGAGCUUAGGCUGCACGCUGGGAUCAUAUCCAAGUCAUUCCCGGUCGGCGAUUUCUCCUCUAGCCCUAAGUGUAACUGAGGCUCGACUCCAAGAUCAACACAAGUCUUCGAUCACGUCGCUUGACGUUUCCUUCUUUCUUCGUAGGAUUGAUGAUGCACAUUGCUGCUUGUUUUCCAAUCCCGUGCCAUCUUACCAAUUAAUGUACUGCCAUUGUAGUAUGGGCAGAAUGAAUGAUAUAUAUAAAGAAGUGCCUUUUGUUCAUGAUUGCAAAA